AUGGUUAUUCCAAAGGAAAAGUCUUUAGAGGAGCACAUUACAUGUUCUGCAAUUGAUUUUUUUCGCACAAGGCAAAAUGUUUUUUGCCUGAAGUGGGUUAUUAUGAGAAAACCAUCUCUCAAGGUUGGGAACACUAGCUGUCAUGGAUCAAUUAUUAUUAUUAGCGUGAAAUUUGAAGCAUCGCUGUACAAGAAGAAGUUGAGAGAUACAAAUCUGAGCAAGCGUCAAAAUUGUCAGGAAGAAAGAGAACAUCAGAAAUAUCAAGUUACCACGAAUAAAAGUGAAAUAUCUUCUGAUGUCAACAAUAAUGAAGAUGGAGAAGCUAUAAAAAUCGACCUAAAAAGAAUUUUAGAUGAAUUUCUACGUGAACUGGAAGUCAAAGUGAAAAAGGAUAUAACUAAGAAUGAACGAAAUGCAGGAUCGUAUGUGUUGAAAAGAUCGACAAGGACUUUAAAUAUUGAAAAUGCCACAAUGGAAAACUACACCGCUUCAAUGCGUACACUACCAAAUUCUCCACAAAAAUUGGAGAAUUUAAAAAGUUUAACCAAUUUGGAGUUUUUACUAGAUAAGAGUUGA